AUGUUAGUCAAACGUAUCAUUAAUGGUAGCCGCCUAUGUGUGUUUUUUAAUCCUGUAAGAACAAUUGUAAGCAACAGUGCAGCUGCCCCAAUAGCAGCGACAACGACACCUGUUAAAAAAACAAUAGUAAGCAAGAGCAGCACCAGUACUAAAAGUUCGUCACUGGGUUAUUCCACAAAUUUGACUAAGAGCCUCAACGGUAACGCAUUGGGGAAAAAGAAGGUAUUAGCUGAAGACGGCACUGAACUCAUGCAUGAGGCUGAAAAUAUUGCUCGAAGAUCUGGUGUAUCUCAGUGCUUUGAAAUUGAUUGGUACCAGUCCUGGCAUGGACUUGGCGUUCAGCCAUUUGAAGCAAAAGUACAGAAGGAACUUUUGAAAGAGUUGGAUGCAAAGGAUAUUGAAAUCAAACCGGAUGGAUUAAUAUACUUACCAGAAAUCAAAUAUCGUCGUAUUUUGAAUAAAGCUUUCGGUGCAGGUGGAUGGGGCCUUGUACCAAGAUCUGAGACCAUAGUAACGAAAAGCUUGGUGACUAGAGAAUAUGGUCUAAUUUGUCAUGGCCAGUUAGUCGGUGUAGCUCGAGGUGAACAAGAUUAUUUCAAUGAGAACGGAAUCCCCACAGCCACAGAAGGCUGUAAAAGUAAUGCAUUGAUGAGAUGCUGUAAAGAUUUAGGUAUUGGCUCUGAACUAUGGGAUCCAGUGUUUAUAAAGCAAUUCAAAGAGACCAACUGUGUUGAAAAGUUCGUUGAGCAUAUAACAACCAAGAAAAAGAAGAAGAUCUGGCUGAGAAAAGACAGAAAGGUAGAAUAUCCAUAUAAAUAA